UUUUUAUGAGUUUAAAUAAGUAUCGAAUAGAAAAUAUUAUUAACAAUAGUCGAUCCCUCAGUUGCAAGAGAGGGCUCUUGAAUUUUCCGUUGUUGGAUUAUAUGUUAGCAACAUGGACAUCAAAAUGAAAAAUAUUAUAAUUGCUUUUGUAAUAAUUGGGGUUAGUACGCAGGCGUCCGUAUCAGCUUUAUGUUCGUCUUCAACAGUUACAUAUUGUACUCGUCAUACCACGGCAUUGGCUCGAUUAACAAGUCCUACAAUUGUCGACAUAUGCACGGCUAUAAAGAACGUUAGAGCUUGUUUUACCACCAAAAAUUGUGAUGUAGCUGCCAAAGCGUUUAAUGAUUCGAUUAAUAUCGUUCUACAGCAUGCACAGAUUACCUGUGAUAAAGAACCAUCUACCAGUAUCGCGACCAGAGUGCCAUCUUGUAGGGCUAAAAAAGUUCGACUAUGUACCAGAUACACAAACCAAUUAUCUCGGUUGACCAGCCCAACUUUUGAUGAUAUCUGCGACUCGAUCUUAAAAGUACGAAACUGUCUGAAGGGCUGUGACUUCGCAUUGAAUCUGUUUGAUAAGUAUAUUGAGAAUAUUUAUAAAUACACCAGUUCGUCAUGUGGUUCAAAAACAAACCCCGUAGCUACAUCGGAGCCUCAAUCUGAACCUGAAACCAAAGCAGAACCAGAGACCGGGCCUGAACCCGAGACUGAACCAGAACCCGAAACCGGGGCUGAACCAGAACCCGAGACCGGGGCUGAACCUGAGCCCGAGACUGAACCAGAACCCGAAACCGGGGCUGAACCAGAACCCGAGACAGCCGGCAAACCUGAACCCGAGACCACGGGUGAACCUGAACCCGAGACCGGAGCUGAACCUGAACCCGAGACUGAACCAGAACCCGAGACCGGGGCUGAACCUAAGCCCGAGACUGAACCAGAACCCGAGACCGGGGCUGAACCUGAACCCGAGACCGGGGCUGAACCUGGGCCCGAGACUGAACCAGAACCCGAAACCGGGGUUGAACCAGAACCCGAGACCAGGGCUGAACCUGAACCCGAAACCGGGGCUGAACCAGAACCCGAGACCGGGGCUGAACCUGUACCCAAGACCGGGGCUGAACCUGAACCCGAGACCGGGGCUGAACCUGAACCCGAGACCAGGGCUGAACCAGAACCCGAGACUAAAUAAGAAACUCCGACUGAAUUGAAGAUCGCCGCCGCGGAUUGCAAUAUCGACAUUUAUUUACAACAACAAAAAUCGCAAAUCCUGCUUUGUGGUCAUUAUUUUAAAUUUAUAUUUUAUAUUUAUUCUUUUAUCCAGGUGAUUUAAUAAAUAACCUGUGUAAUUGUUGUCACGCACCUAUUUGGUAUUCGCAAAACUCGUAAAACCCUUCAUAUUGUAUGUGAGAUAUUAUUAUAUUUUGACGAAUUGGGGUUGCCUUCCGUUUAGCUAUUUUUGUUUAAGGGGAGAUAACUCCCAGGGGUUCAAGGGGAGAUGGGUAUAUUAUGACAUCGUUCACAAUCUUUCACUCAAUUUGUUUUUAGUUCAAACAAGCCAUUAGUUAAAAAUCAAUUUGAAAAAUGUAGGUAUACAUGAUAAAGUAAGAAAAUAACAAUGAAAUAAGUGUGUUCAAUAAAUGUUCUGAUAAAUACAA